AUGGUUUUAAAAGAUUUUAAUUAUUUAUGGGCAGUUCUAGAUAUAUUAAGUUGGAUCAAUAAUUACUAUUUUUUAAUGUUAUUAUCCUUUCAAUGUGGAAUUAUUCUUCUUAAGUGGUGGUUGAUCAAAUCUCAUUGGUUUUCCAACUUAUUAAGGAUUGAAUCAACCUGA